CCGUGCAUUCAGAGCAGCGCUCCGUCCGAGCAGCCGUCCCGCGGCCGUCCGUCCCCUCCGCCCAGCGGCCCUCCGUCCCCGCCGACUGCCGCCAUGGGGAACCUCGCCGGCAAGAGGAAGUCCAUCAGUUCUAAUAAAACCGUGAGCGAGAUGGUCGACGCCGCCACCAUGGAGAAGCUGGAGGCCGGCUUCCAGAAGCUGCAGGCCGCCACCGACUGCAAGUCGCUGCUGAAGAAGUACCUCACCAAGGAGGUCUUUGACAGCCUCAAGACCAAGAAGACUUCUUUCGGAUCCACCCUGCUGGAUGUCAUCCAGUCUGGCGUCGAGAACCUGGACUCGGGUGUGGGCGUAUAUGCGCCGGACGCCGAGGCCUAUUCGCUGUUCGCCGACCUCUUCGACCCCAUCAUCGAGGACUACCAUGCCGGCUUCAAGAAGUCCGACAGUCACCCGGCCAAGGACUUUGGCGACGUGGACUCGGUCGGCAACGUCGACCCCGAUGGCACGUACGUCAUCUCGACCCGCGUGCGCUGCGGCCGCUCCAUGCAGGGCUACCCCUUCAACCCCUGCCUGACCGAGGCCCAGUACAAGGAGAUGGAGGAGAAGGUGUCGUCGACGCUGAGUGGCCUGGAGGGCGAGCUGAAGGGUCAGUACUACCCGCUGACCGGCAUGACGAAGGAGGUGCAGCAGAAGCUGAUCGACGACCACUUCCUCUUCAAGGAGGGCGACCGCUUCCUGCAGGCGGCCAACGCCUGCCGCUUCUGGCCCACCGGCCGCGGCAUCUACCACAACAACAACAAGACCUUCCUGGUCUGGUGCAACGAGGAGGACCACCUGCGCAUCAUCUCCAUGCAGCAGGGUGGCGACCUGGGCCAGGUGUACCGCCGCCUCGUCACCGCCGCCAACGACAUCGAGAAGCGUGUGCCGUUCUCGCAUCACGACCGCCUUGGCUUCCUCACCUUCUGCCCGACCAACCUGGGCACCACCAUCCGCGCCUCGGUGCACAUCAAGGUGCCGAAGCUGGCCGCCGACAAGGCCAAGCUGGAGGAGGUGGCGGCCAAGUACAGCCUGCAGGUGCGCGGCACGCGCGGCGAGCACACCGAGGCUGAGGGCGGCGUGUACGACAUCUCCAACAAGCGGCGCAUGGGUCUGACUGAGUACCAGGCCGUCAAGGAGAUGCACGACGGCAUCCUGGAGCUGAUCAAGAUCGAGAAGUCGCUGUAGGCGCGCACGCUGGCGCGCUCGCACCCCCGGCUGCCCUGGCAGGCGCCACCUGUCCACGCGGCGGCGGCGGCGGCGGCGCGGCCGCGGCGAGUCCGCCGUUCCGCCGCGCCACUGCUACUCACGGCCCAGAAAUUAGCGGAGGUGAUGUACUGACUUCAAUCGGACCGCUACUCGUCCACGGGCGCGAAAACACAUGUCUCCUGUAGCUUGACGUGUAAAUACAUUGUGAUCGUCGA